GAGAAAGUUUGUGGGGAAAGUUGAGCUGAAAACGAGGAGCCAGCUAGCCCGGCGGCAGAAGGCGGUGGCUGGGGCUGGCUGGAGGAGGGCCCGACCUGGUUUCCCUACUGCUCCCCUCACGGUUUGACGCUGACAGAGGCAAAAAUCUGCUAACUCAGGGGGCAGACUCGACCAAGGCUGCGAGCAGGCUUGGGGAAUGACCCCCCGAUCUCCAAACAGCACCUUCCGUGGCUGUACGGCCCAUCUCAAGCUGUCUCUGCCUCUGCUCUGGCUCCGGCCCUGUCUAGCAUCUCCUUUCUUGGUGACACGUGGGCCCUCUGUCUCCUGCCAGGACGAUGCGGCACUGGGGGCCUCGGAGUCUGUGGGUGCCUCUGGGAGUCUUCAUGACCAUCGGAUUUGGCCUCCAGCUCUGGGGGGGACCCUUCCAGAAGAGAGGCAGGACAUUUCUCCUCCGACCUCUUUCCAGGUUCUCCAUGCUGCAGCUCCGACCGUCCUGGACCCCGUUGCUGGGAACAGCUGUCGAGUCUUGCCUUCCCCGACAGCGACUCGUAUUCCUGAAGACACACAAAUCUGGGAGCAGCUCCGUGCUGAACCUACUUCAUCGCUACGGGGACAGGCACCGGCUGCGCUUCGCCUUACCUGUCCGCUACCAGUUCGGCUACCCAAGGCUUUUCCAGGCCUCUCGGGUCAAAGGCUAUCGUCCCCAGGAUAGAAGCACGCGACCUCCUUUCCAUAUUCUCUGUCACCAUAUGAGAUUCAACUUGAAAGAGGUGCUUCAGGUCAUGCCUUCCGACAGCUUCUUCUUUUCCAUUGUCCGAGACCCAGCUGCUCUGGCCCGCUCGGCCUUCUCCUAUUAUAAAUCCACUUCAUCAGCCUUCCGCAAGGCACCAUCCUUGGCUGCCUUCUUGUCCAAUCCCCGAGCCUUCUACCGACCUGGGGCCAAAGGUGAUCAUUAUGCCCGCAACUUACUGUGGUUUGACUUUGGCUUGCCCUUUCCCCCUGAGACGAAGAUCAAGAGGGAGAAUUCUCAUCUCCCCAAAGACCUCAACCCUCUCCAAAGACAUGUCUUGCCUUCUGGUGCUGGGCCUGGAGCUAAAAUCCUAGAUCCCAGUGAUAUUUUCCAGCCGGUUUCCACAGUUGCUGAUGGUCACAGCCAGCCAGCCAGCCUCACCUCUUUUGACGUGGGGUCCUCAUCUUUCAUCCAGUGGGGUCUGGCCUGGUUGGAUUCCAUCUUUGACCUGGUCAUGGUAGCGGAGUACUUUGAUGAGUCAUUGGUUCUGCUGGCGGAUGCUCUGUGCUGGGGUCUGGAUGACGUGGUGGGCUUCAUGCACAACGCUCAGGCUGGAGGAGGGCAGGGCCUCGGUGCUGCCAGCAACAACACACGCACGGCUGAAGACCAGCAGCUGACCGCUCGGGCCCGAGCUUGGAACAACCUCGACUGGGCUCUCUAUAUUCACUUCAACCGGAGUCUGUGGGCACGGAUAGAACAGUUUGGCCACAGACGGCUGCAGCGUGCUGUGGCUGAGCUCCGGGCUCGAAGAGCAGCCCUGGCUAAACAUUGCCUAGUAGGGGGUGAGGCUUUAGACCCCAAAUACAUCACGAACCAUAGGCUCCGUCCUUUCCAGUUCGGGUCAACUAAGGUUUUGGGUUAUGUAAUUCAGAGCGGGUUGAGCCCACAAGACCAGGAGGAGUGUGAACGCUUGGCUACCCCUGAGCUACAGUAUAAGGACCUACUGGAUGCAAGGCAGUUUCCCCCUCCAGUCCCCUUGCCUCUCAAGACUACGAGGCUACUGUCCCGGUAAACAUCAAAAUACAAACUAGAGCACAUGAGAUGAGUGCGGGCCACCAGAAGCCAUCUCUGCUUCCCUUGGAAGGGAUGGAACUUUGCCCUAACAUGGACCAAGAACUUUUCUGGAUUUUGCUUGAGGAAUCCCAACAGCACCACCUUGCCCCACACUUGCCCCCUUCCCUUUUCCAGUCCCAAGGCAGGUCCAUGUGGCUCUAGACAACGUCCCCUGAGGGACAAGAAAAUGGGAACGAACCAGAGAAUGUUUGGUGUUAAGGGUAAGUUAGAAUACAUCCAUUUCUCUAGGAAAUGAUAGAUACAUCCAUUUCUCUAGGAAAGAUUUGUCAUGGGGCUAUGUGAAAAUGUUUGUUGAAUGAAUAAAUGAUAAGAAACUUGU